AGCAUCUAUCAUACGGCCGAUGUUUCAGAAUGUCCUUGUAGUGUUUCAAGAUCUUUGCUCCUCACGCCGUCACUUGAGCAGUUCUGAGUCAAAGCAGGGCAGCCAACAGCUGAUACCAUCCUUUCUUUACCACCACCUUAAAGAGGGUCUACCACGCCUUGCAAUUGCCCUCACUGUACGGCUAUAUCAGAGCAACUACAGCUCAUGAAUUAGCCGCAUUUAGCCGCAGUCAUGACUAUGCUUCUUACAGAACCCUAUCGAAUUGUCUCCGUGGACCCCCUGGCCAUGAAGACGACUUUCACAUUCCCCAGUGACUUUCAUGAACAUCGGUACCCGCAGAAAGGCUUCACCUCCUCCUUAGGAUGGACCUUCUUCGUUCGCUCCUCCGGAACUGCGGAUGACCAACGAGAAAUAAAAGUGGACUUUGGCUAUAUCACACCAGACAGUGCCGACUUCCAAGGCUAUGCCCUAUCCAUUUCUGGGAAAAUGGCUGUAUCUCCGACACGCGCAUACUGCCUGGGUCCCACCACGGUGGCGACUCCCCGACCCAAAAUGUUCGUUGCCGCCAGGAUAGAUCCUAGGAAAAUGCUCGUCAGACCGGAUGCCAAUUUGGUGUUCGAAUUUACUGUCGCUUUCCUUAGGACUUCGGUGCCUUCUCCCACUGUCUGUACUGUAUAUCCUGCAAAGGCAUCUCGAGUGUUUCACGAUGCCAUUAAAACUGGGGAGUUCUUUGACAUCACCUUCUACUUGUACAAUCGACGAUCAUAUGGCGGGAGAGUCAGCGAACGAAAAGCUCUUUUUGGGAGUAAACGUGCUUUGUUCAAUAUAACGGACAGCCUUGACCGUGUCAUAAUGGAAAAUAUCGUCGACGAAACCGACGACAGCUUCUCCCCCAACACAGAUGAAUAUGACUAUGGCGACGACAGCGAUUUGGAAGACGAUCCAGAGGAAGAUGACUGGUGCUCCAUAGAUCGUUCCAACUUGGACUCGCCGCGUCUUCAUAGAAUGGGACACGCUUGCGUUUUGAACCACGUUUCAUACAGAACGUGGAAAUGUUUACUUCUUUACCUUCACACGGGCCGUCUGUGCUUCUCGAUCCUGAACAGUGUCCGUGAAACCCGGAUACACGAAUCUGAUGACUUCCCUACCUGCUCCCCAAAAUCUAUGUACCGACUAGCUAAUAUGAUUAAUCACGAACGAAUAAAACAACUUUCCCUUGAAAACCUUCGAUCCCAGAUAUCUGUUGAAAAUGUCUACGAAGAAGUGUUCUCUGAUUUUACUUCGCGGUUUCCAGAUGUGUUCGAAAUGGAAAGGCAGAUCAUCCAUACAUUAUGGUUUGAUCCUGCGGCACACGAAACGAUACAGGAGCAGUUCGCGAAUGGGGAGCUCCAUCGUGGGCGAUCUGAAUUCAAGAUCAUCAUAGAUGGCAUUGGGCCAAGCCUUGUUGGAUGCCCUUCUCCUUCGAGUUCUUCGCCGCCCGAGAAUGGUCCUAUCGAAUGGGAUGCUCGUUCGUUGUAUAGAGAGUAUCAGUCACCAGUCGUUUCGAACAGCUCGAGGCCGGCUUGGAGGAGAAGUCUUUAAGUGUUUCGUUUAAACUAUUUAAUUUGAUUUGUCUAUUACGGAAGAUCCAUUCGCACCUUACGCAGUUCCUAAAUUAUUCUUAUACCCUGCAUUAUGUACAGUGUAUUACUUCUGUAUAACAUAUUCUUGGAAGCCGGAAAACCCGG